AUUUCAUUCCAUUUUUUUUUUAUGGUGUCCUUUGAAGCAGUUUUUAAUUUUAAUGAAAUUUAAUUUAUCUUUGUUUUUUGUUGCUUGGAUUUAGUCCCUCUGGCCCUGACACUGAUUCAUGAGGUUUAAUAUUUAAGCCUCGUGACUCCCGGACCCCUCUCCCCUGGCAGGAUUGUUUGGGGCCUCCAUCACUAUAUGGUUCUGAACUGAACCUAGUGGGCUCUAGGAGGCAGCCACAUACACGAGGGGAGUUGCCUUCAUUGGAUCUUUGUUCAGAAUCUAAACAGUUGCUCAGUGAACCUUGUGAAGGAAAUGAGGAAAAGUGUUUCACUUAACUGACACCAUCUUCCUUCUCACCCUAUUCCACCCAACAAAGAAGGACACAGCUGGCUCUGAGAGCCGAUGCUGGGGCGCUGGUCUGGGCCUGGUGGAGAGAGAUGCAGAGGACCAGCCAUGGCCCCUGGGAGAGAACAGCUGUGAGAAGGGGAAGGGGGAUCUGAGGAGUGGGUAGGUCCGAGGGAAGGUACUGUGCUGGGCAGCAGGGGGGUGGGGAAGACCAGAUGAAUGAGGGAGGGAGUGUGGCUUUGAGGAGACCAGUUGUCCAGGUCCGGCCCAGCCCUGGUGCUAAGGGAGCUGCUUGUUCUCCCCAUGAAACAGCUCCCCACAGUCCUGCGUGUCUACCCACUGGAAGGAGCCUCACCUGUCUACCAACUCUGAGUACCUAGGAUUUGAGGUUCAGGAGAAGCCUCGAAGAUGUCUAAUGACCCGCCCCCUCCUUAUCCUGGAGGCCCCACAGCCCCCCUCCUGGAGGAGAAAAGUGGAGCCCUGCCAACCCCAGGCCAAACCUCCCCUGCUGUGAUGCAGCCCUCGGCAGGCAUGUCACUGCCUCCUGCAGACAUUGGCCCCCCACCUUAUGAGCCACCAGGUCACCCAGUGUCCCAGCCUGGCUUCAUCCCUCCACAUGUGAAUGCAGAUGGAGCCUACAUGCCUCCGGGUUUCUACCCUCCUCCAGGUCCCCAUCCACCCAUGGGCUAUUACCCGCCAGGGCCCUACCCGCCAGGGCCCUACCCACCAGGGCCCUACCCUGGUCCUGGCGGACACACAGCCACGGUCCUGGUCCCUUCAGGGGCUGCCACUACGGUGACAGUGCUGCAGGGAGAGAUCUUUGAGGGUGCACCUGUGCAGACAGUGUGUCCCCACUGCCAGCAGGCCAUCACCACCAAGAUCUCCUACGAGAUUGGCCUGAUGAACUUCGUGCUGGGCUUCUUUUGCUGCUUCAUGGGGUGUGAUCUGGGCUGCUGCUUGAUCCCCUGCCUCAUCAACGACUUCAAGGAUGUGACGCACACGUGCCCUAGUUGCAAAGCCUACAUCUACACGUACAAGCGCCUGUGCUAACGGAGCCUGGACUGGACUCCCCGCUGUCAGUCUGGACUCUGUGCUUUGCUCCCUACACUCAGUGGCUCUGUCCCCACUCCCGCUUGGGGGUGGAAGGUGUUCCACCAGUCCCCUGGAACUCUUGUCUUUGCCUUGCCCUUCCCUGAGCAUCUGACCUCCGGCAAAAUUGUUGGAUUUAAGGCCAAGAGUCAGCAAGUGGCAGGGAGCUGGCACUGAGCAUGUAUGUUGCUGGUUUGCUUGGUGUUUGAUUAGGAAGAUACACUGGGAAAGGUCUCUACUGGGGUCUCACUCCUCUGUUCUUAUAUGAGGUAUAAGUUUGGUCCUUAUUCUUGUGGGGCCAAAAGCAGCCAGAGCAAUGGCUAGUUUUCCAGACCUGGGCCUACAGUGGGGCUGUUCCUGUAGCCACAGUUUCUAAUCUGCUGGGCCAAGAGUGGGGACGUGAACCCAAACAGGACGGAGUCCUAGGCCAGGGUUCCUGGGGUGCUAGAGGUAGCAUGACUAUCAGAAGGAAUGACUCCCACCAGAACUCUCAGGAACUCAACACCUUGUCCAGGUGUCCAGCAGCCUCAUGGAAUUAAGAGUCAGCACAACUGCUAUUCAUGGGAUAAGUGAUUUGGCCCUGGCUCACCAAGAGACUUGCCUCUAGCCCCUGCCUAGCUCCCCUUCCAAAUGCCUCUGUGAACAUGUCUUUACUGGGGCCAGAGGAAUCCCCAGGAGCCCAGCCCCUCUGUCCAAAACAUGUCCUUGCUGCGUGUGGGCAUGACCUUUGCCUGGAGGCUAAUGUAUUCCAACUGGGACCAGAGAUGGCAGAUAGGCCCCUCCCUGCAGGCACACUCAAGGUUUACAGUGCUCUCUGUAGAUCCUCUCUCUAAUGAACGCUGGGCGCUUCACCCAGGUUGACUCACUAUCACUGUGCUUGCUCCAGGCACUAUAGCAGGAACAACUGUAGCACUGGAUUGGGGACCAGGAAGGAGCAACCACAAGUGGCGGAAGUACCCUGGUGGACUAGCCCUACCCUGGGCCUGAGGCCAUGCUGUCUUUCUUUUCUGAAUGGUUUGUCGGUGAACUUGCACCUGUGGACCGCUGUACCCUGCUGCCACCCCUCUCCUGGUCUCACACUGCCACUGCAUGGCCUUCUCCCACUGUGAAUUGUGACCAGUCUGUUUGUAGUUUCUCAUUAAAUUGGUCCGUUCACUCCCCUGACCUGGGCCUCUGCUCUCUUGCCUGGCUUCCUUCUUUUGCAAGGGGAAGAGGGUGGGGCUACAGGUAGUCUUAAGGGCAGGGGGUCAAGUCUUCAGGGUCUCUCAGUGCUUAUGCUAUACCGACUGCCAGGGAUGACACUAACAUUUAAGUACCUAAUUAAAUUUAAAACAAGCCAGAGUUCGUGUGGAGGAGCCCUGGCAUUCCAGCUAUGACUGGGCCAGGGCAUGUGUUGACUAUCUUACUAUCUGAUACUGGUUUUACCCAUCUCCACAUCACAGCAUCCACCAUGGGAUCUAUAGGCUGGAGCCCUCCAACUGAAGCUCAGGGUCAUCCUACUCUGGAAGCAGGUAGCUUCACUCCCUUAAGCAAGACAGAGACACUGGGCUAAGGCUUCGGGGGGGUGGGGGGGGAACAGUUUAGGCCCCAAGUUCUGGGCCAGCUCUGCCCCUACCCUCAUCUGAAUUGUAGGGGUAGGUAGUCUUGGUCAGUAGUUUAAAAAAAAAGUUUCCCCAUCAUUUAACCCUUUUGUGAAUAAAAUGUUCAGAUCCUCAAUUAUAUAAAACAAUAGAUGCCUAUUAAUAAAAAUAUUUAAGUUCA